AUAAUUGGACAUUCGAAUGUCGUACGGAAAUGAUACGGUAAAAUAUUUUAUUCAUUGAUCUCCAACCGAACAAUGAUAGAUCACAUGAGCGUAUAUUUUUCUCUAUCUAGACUCUCAAUGAAUAUUUCAGUAGGUCUUGCAGCGAAUUCGCGGUCAACGCGUCCGAGCAAGUUGUGAAUCUGUGAAAAAGAAUAGCACUACGCCGCGAAGAUAUAGGGUAAAUGAAAGAUCUAAUUAUGAUUCGGCAUCCGUCUUACAGUUUUGAGAGUUUAUUUGAUAUCUCGUGCAAAAUUUACAAACAUGUCUAUACUGUCGUUCAGCCAUACGCAUUUACACAUACCUCUGUAUAAGAUAUUCGAAAUGUAUGUGUGUGAUGCAUUAAUAUUUGCAUUCACGUUACGUUUGCAGUAUUAUAAUUAGUUGUCUAUCUUAUCCAUCGUUCGAUAAAGAUAUUUGUGAGUCUUCAAAUCCAUCGAACGAGUCUGUCAAUUUUAGAAAAUAGUGAAUACUUUAUUUACUACACGUGGACGUGACUGUCUGAAUCGCGGGUAAACUUUUUAAACUGAACGUAACGAAACAGUGGGAACUGUGGCGCAAAAAUUGACGAAAGUCGUAUCAAUGGAAUAACUAAAUUAGCAAUAACGGCGUGAAAAAAGAAUGAAUAAGUAUUCGGGAACAGCAAGAGACGUGUACUUGCGACAGAAUAGCCGCCGAUUGAAGAAGCGAUCAUUCGUCGCCGACAACUUUUUGUUCUCGGCAUAUUCGCUCUCUCACCGCCAUGUAACGUGAACGAGAAUAAGUAUUUUUUUGAAUAUUUUUCUUCUCGAAGAGGAAGAAAAAAAAAUGUCUAAACAUUAUUAAUUUUGCAUCUUCAACAAGCAUCGAAUACAGCGAGUAGCACGUCGGCCGACAUGUCAGAUGCAAACUUAGUCGCUGCUUUUGGAGGUUGACAAAUUUUAUGCGGUUAGUCUAUCGCGAUAAUUCCAAUUGCUACGGAUUAAUCAAACAUCAUUCUUUAUCUUGACAAAGCGCUACGCGAGCUUGCAUUAUGCGUGCGGGAAUUAUGGAUAGAAAAUAUGAAGAAUUUGGAAUCUGGCUAGACAUAGCCUGGCAGAGUCGUAUAUAUUUCAAGCCAUUCCUUGCAUUAAACUCAAUUCUUGCGUUGGCACCGGAAAGAUUGAAGAUUAAACUAUGCGCUGAAUGUAGUUUUUUCAACUCUACGUGAAAUUAAAAGCCAGAAAUAUUCCUAAAAUUGGUGAGCGUCGUACCGCGAUCGAGAAUUUACAGAGUCGCUGCCGCGUGAAAGGACGGAGGGUCUCUCUCCAUGGUCCGCGCUCCGGCAUAACUACGAUUUCGGGCAAAGUGGUGCUAUUACUGUUUACGAAUCUCGUAAGUGAAAUUCAGCUAGCACGAAGAAAACGACAGACUUGUGAAAAUGGGUGAGCAAAUCGAAUCUGCUGCGAACGCUGCUGUUGCUUCGGCAACCAGCAAAUCUGCCAGUCAGGCCAGUUCCGGAAAAGACAAGCAGGCAGCUUCGAAAUCGAAAAGAACUACUGCGAAGCCGACGCAUCCACGAACUGCGGAAAUGGUCAUCGCAGCCAUAACCAACCUAAAAGAACGUGGUGGCUCGUCGGUUCAGGCGAUUAAGAAAUACAUUGCGACGACGUACAAGCUCGACACGGAGAAGCACGCGCUAUUCAUCAAGAAAUACUUGAAAGCUGCUGUUGGCUCCGGUGCUCUCAUUCAAACCAAAGGAAAGGGCGCGUCCGGUUCUUUCAAGCUCCCGUCGGCCAAGUUGGAGAAUAAGAAAACUGAAACCAAACGGCCUCCUAAGAAGGCUCCAGCUACGAAAAAGACGGCGGUUGCAAAGAAGCCUGCUGCAGCGCGAAAGCCUGCCUCCCCGAAAAAAGCAGAGGCGGUGAAAAAAGCAGCUCCAGCCUCGAAGAAGGCAGUUGCCGAAAAGAAAGCUGUCCCUAAGAAAGCAGUAGCCGUCAGCAACGUUCCCAAGAAAGAAAAAGUAACGAAACCGAAGGACGUCAAAUCUGUAAAAGCAAAGUCUUCGCCAAAAGCGAAAAAAUCUGACAAAGCACCA